CUCUUCUACUUGUAUCCAUUGCUUCUGAUUCUAAGCCAUGAGCUAUCUCUCUCUCACUCUCAUCCUCCUCUUCUUCUUGGCCACCGCCGCUGGCGAUGGAGGUGGCACCGGCCACGGAGGCGGCGAGGUUUCUGAGGAUUUCUCCAAGCAAUGCCCAACGACGAAGUGCGGCAACGUGGAUAUCCGGUUCCCGUUCAGGCUAAACUCAAGUGACUCGCACUGCGGGUUGAAAGGCUUCGUCCUCUCCUGCGCCUCCGAUGAGGCCUUCCUCACUCUCCGCCAUGAUCAUGGUCCUUUCAAGGUCAACUCCAUUGAUUAUAAAUCCCAAAGCAUCAGCAUCGAUGUGCAUGGGUUUUGGCCGCCAUGCCCGAUGAAGAACAUGAGCGCGAUCAAGCUCUCAGAUGAGUAUUUCUCUCUUUUUGGCUCUACUGAGGUUAGUUUCAUCAGUUGCUCCAAAGAAUUCACGCCGAAUGCUGAAGAGGAUCGGAUCUCCGGCCCUAUCAGUUGCCUCGCCAGCAGAGGUGAUGAGUUUGUGUAUGUCGUGGAUCAAUCGGAGUCCAUGGACAAGCUUCCUCUGGAUUGUAUGGUGAUCUCCACUGAUGGUGAGAUUGGAGACCCUGACAUAAAUAGUCGACGGGAUUCAUUCAACAGCGUUGUUGAUUCUUUCUUUCAUAGCUCAGAGGUCAGCAUGGUAUGGUACAAUGGGUACGGGUGUUUCGAAGAAGAACCAGGCGGAAGCAGUGAUUGCAAGAAGUCAAGAAUUUGCUCGAAGUGUGAACAGCAAGACAAGCAGUGCGGGCUUGAUCUUAAAAGAGAUGCGUGUUGCAUCAAUGUCGACGGCCACAAGCACCUUGACACUUGGGUCAAACUCAUUGCAGGCCUCGCCUCUUGUAUCAUCUUCUUUUUUAUGGUUGUGGCGUCUACAUUCCUCUACAUCUCCAGAAAAGCCGACCGGGACAGACAACUUCGAAUUAAAGUUGAGAUGUUCCUUGCCUCAUACAAGACUACAAAGCCAACUCGGUUCAAUUAUGCUGGAAUCAAGAAGAUCACGAAACGGUUUAAGAACAAAUUAGGCCAAGGUGGUUUCGGAAGUGUCUACAAAGGAGAGCUACCAAAUGGAAUUCCUGUCGCAGUGAAGAUGCUUGAGAUCAGACCUACAGGUGAGGGAGGUGACUUUAUUAAUGAGGUCUCCACCAUUGGAAGAAUUCAUCAUGUCAAUGUGGUGCGUCUGCUUGGCUUUUGCGCCGAAGGAAGCAGACGCGCACUUGUUUACGAAUUCAUGCCUAAUGAGUCUUUAGAGAAGUACAUAUUCUCAAGAGAUGCAGAUGGAAACCGUCCAUUUAGAAUGGAAAAACUGCUUGAAAUUGCAACCGGGAUAGCGCGUGGUGUUGAGUAUUUGCACCAAGGAUGUGAUCAGCGAAUUCUCCAUUUCGACAUCAAGCCUCAUAAUAUUUUACUCGACUAUGAAUUCAAUCCAAAAAUUUCUGAUUUUGGUCUUGCAAAACUAUGCUCAAGAGAUCAAAGCAUUGUGACAAUGACUGCAGUAAGAGGCACAAGGGGCUACAUUGCACCUGAAAUCUACUCAAGGAACUUUGGAGCAGUGUCUUACAAAUCAGAUGUUUAUAGUUUUGGAAUGCUGGUUUUGGAAAUGGUAGGUGGCAGGAAAAACAUCGAUCCUUCGGUAGAGAAAACUGAUGAGAUUUAUUUCCCUGAAUGGGUUUACGAGCAGUUGAUCGGCGAGCAAAAUUUUCGUGUAGCGAUAGAUAUGAUGAACAAUGAAGAAGAAACUGUGAGGAAGCUUGUGAUUGUUGCUCUGUGGUGCAUACAAUGGAGUCCUACUGAUAGGCCUACAAUGACAAGAGUUGUUCAAAUGCUCAUUGGGAGUUUGGAGAGCUUGGAGUUACCCCCUAGACCUUUUGUUUCAUCUUCCCUUCCACCUUUGAGUGAAGAAUAAUUCCAACAUUAUUCUUCAAAUCAUCAUAUAAUUAAAAUGGCCUAUAUGUAUCUAUCCAUAUGUAGUUUGCUUGUUGAAUAUGUUCCUAAAUGUUAGAAUGGGUUGGAUGCUACUUGUACAAUCACAUAAAUGUUUUAGAGACUGAGUUAUGGUCUCUUAAAUAAAAGUUCACCAGUUUCAGCA